AUGAGCCAAAAUAGUAAAGCCUUUGAAAAUGCUCGUAGACCUUUCCGUACAAAGAACCUGAUUACGGCAUUGGGAUUGGGUGGACUCGCUCUCGGCACGUUUGCAUAUUCUGUCUACAAAGUCCAUCAAGAUACACUUGAUGAUGUCGUAAUGACCCCAGAAGUUUACGAGAGAAUUGAACGCGAACGUAGACAGUCUCAAGAACUGCAAAACCAGAGUUCUAUGAAAAAUCCUCCAAAUUGA